AUGAAUCAGAAGCAUAAAACGCCAUGUCGCGCAGAUGUCGCUUGGAUGUUCCAACAGUGGGAUGGUAACAAUGACGGAGAACUGGACUUGAAGGAGUUGGCACCCCUGGAGAUGGACUCCAACGAAAAAUGUUUGAAAGUGUUUAUUGACCACUGUGACACGGAACCUGGCAGUGAUAACGUGAUUACGUUGGAGGAAUGGUGCGAUUGCUUUACGUGGGCUGAUGAUGAUCGUCACGAACCACCAUGUCACGCAGCAAAACAUGAACAAGAUCCCCACAGAUUAGGUGCAUUUCAUCCACGUUGUACAUUAGAAGGAUAUUAUAAAGCCGAACAAUGCCAUGAAAAUUUCUGCUGGUGCGUCGAUAAAUAUGGUCGAGAAUUUGACCAGUCUCGGGUGAAAGGUCGUCUUCCUGAUUGCGGACAAUAUGCAAGCGAAUUGAAUCAAAAAGAAAGAGAAGAGCUCGUCGCCGAAUUGUAG